CCCCGUCUUCCCAAUUCCCAUGUCCACCGCGCCCCCGCGGCGGCCGUGCACAACCAACGCCACGCCACCACGCUAGGAGAACAGACCGGCAGGGACAUCGGACAUGGCAGCACCGCACCGUGCUUGCGCCCGCGCCCGCGCCUACCUCCACCUGCUGCUCACCGUCGCGCUGCUCCCCUGCUGCCUCCCGCGCCACGCGGCCGCGCAGUCCCCGCCGGCGGGCGAGGCGCGGCUGCUGCUCGAGAUAAAGCGCGCGUGGGGCGACCCGCCCGUGCUCGCGGGGUGGAACGCGACGGCCGCGGGCGCGCUCUGCAGCUGGCCGUUCGUCGGGUGCGACGCGGCCGGGCGAGUCGUGAACCUCACCCUCGCGAACACCAACGUCGCAGGGUCCUUCUCGGACGCCGUCGGCAACCUCUCCGCCCUCACGCAUCUCGACGCCUCCAACAACAGCAUCUCCGGCGGGUUCCCGACCGCGCUGUACCGCUGCGCUUCGCUGCAGUACCUCAACCUCUCCCAGAACUACCUCGGUGGGGUGCUCCCGGCGGACAUCGGCCGCGGCCUCGGGGAGCACCUGACCACGCUCGACCUCAACGGCAACGAGUUCAACGGCACCAUCCCGGAGUCGCUCUCCAGGCUCCGGAACCUCCAGUCUCUCGCGCUGAACAGCAACCGGUUCGCCGGUACCGUACCGGUCGAGCUCGGCGAGCUGACGAGCCUUCAGAAACUGUAUCUGGCAAACAACCCGUUCGGCGCAGGCCAGCUGCCGGCGUCAUUCAAGAAAUUGACCAACCUGGUCAGCCUCUUUGCGUCCGAGUGCAAUCUCGCCGGCGACUUCCCAAAUUUUGUUUGGGGCCUCAAGAAGCUGCAACUGUUGAGUCUGUACACGAACAACCUCACCGGUGAAUUGGCAGCUGACGGCUUUGCUGCGAGAAGCUUGAUAGUAAUCGACGUCUCAAUGAACCAGAUUACCGGAUUUAUCCCGGAAGUGUUUGGGGGCUUGGAGAACCUCACAGUUUUGAGUCUCUACUCUAACAGGCUCAACGGCACGCUCCCACCAGAGCUCGGGAAGCACUCGCCGGGCUUGUAUCAUGUCGGGGCUGACGACAACGAGCUCACCGGCGCCAUCCCGGAGGGGCUGUGUGCCGGAGGCAAGCUCCACACGCUCACCGCCAAUCGCAACCACUUGAACGGCUCCAUCCCGGCGGGCCUAGCCAACUGCACUACUCUGUACAGCCUGCAGCUAGGCAGUAACAACCUGUCCGGUACACGGGCGUUGAGGGUCGACGUAGAGUUGCCGUGGUGGAGCUCGGGCUGGGCGGCAGCUGUGGCGUCCACUCCUGGAUCGAGGACGCAAGCGGCGACGGAAGGCGGGUUUCUUGGUUUGCGCCACAAAACCAAGGAGGCGGACGGCGGUUGAAGACGCCAAGUCGUGGAGGCACGGGCGUCGGUCUCGGGACUGACGGAGGCGACGGGUGUCGACGGCGUCUAGGGCCUCGCUGCAGGCGAGGAGGUGACGGGCGUCGGGCGGCGUCUAGGGCCGUCAGAAGGCCGAGGCGGGAACGGCGUCUAGGGCCACGGCGUGGAGGCAGGAAUCUUCCCGCGCGUGGAGUUUUGACGGUUUUCUCAAAACCGGCCACCUACCCGGGUUUUGCGGACCCUUCAAAACCGCGGACCGGAUCUUCGUCCACACGGCGGCAUCAUGGAGAAGACUUCGACUCGAAGAAAGAAUCUCGGCCAUCGGAUGAGUCCAAUAUAUCUUUUCCGGUUUUGCCCCUACGGGCUUUCUAGUGUCUAGGGGUAUUUUAGUCUUUAGUCUAGAGAGUUAGAGGGGUUAAAAGAGAGAGGAGGGCAGCCAAGUCAGGAGUCCAUGAGUUCCCGUCGCCCCCCCUUCUGUUUUCUUUUGUUCUUCUGGUUCCUCCUCUCCUCCUCUUUUCCUUUCUCUAGGGUUAGGAUUUGGUAAUGGAAUUUUGAGAGCUUGUAUCA